CCGCAUUUUAUUUAAAUUAAAUUUUAUUGAGUGAAACAAACAUUGCAUAAUAUAAUAUACAUAUUCAUUUUCUUUUAUAAAGAAAAAAAAAAAUUAUUUCUCUUUUAGUUAAUAUAAUUAAAUGACACCCGAACAAAAUAUUUCAAAAGUAAACUCGCCUAUCGCAAGUCUUCCACCUGAACUUUUUGCCAAAUUUUGCGCUUACUUACCACCGGCUGAUUUAUUUACCCUUUCUCAAGUUUGUCGUAAAUUUCAUGGAUAUUUAUGUGCCCCAAAUUCUUUUUCUACUCAACAAAUAUGGAAAGAAUCACGUUUGAAAUUUAUGCCAAAAGAAGAAAUGCCUCCGCCGAAAGGGAUGAGUGAAAAAAAUUAUGUUGAAUUAUUAAUGAUGGACCGAGGUUGUCAAACUUGUAAACAAAUCAAAAUAUGUAAAAUUUAUUGGGAAUUUGAAGUUAGAAUUUGUGAAGAAUGCUUUUUGGUUAAAACUGUAAACGAGUAUAAAUUAUUAUGGUCAAAUUAUCCACAAGAAUUCCUUAAUACCAUGCCACAUACCUAUUACUUUUAUGGAAAAUAUUAUUGGAUAGAACAAAUACAUAUUGCAUAUUCUCAAUAUUAUAGUUUAUCAAAGGAAGAUUUAAAAACUUGGUUGGAUAGUAAAAAACUCAUUUUUGAUUCUACAAUGGAAUAUGCUACAAAACGUGGUAUGAAACAUGACACAAAGCGCCCCAGUCGUUUUUCAAGGCAUAAUUGAAUGUAGAAAGUAUUAGUUAAGGAGACGUGGGUAAUAUUUAAGGUGUAAUUUAAUAAUAUUUAAUAAGUACUCAAACAUUGCCUAAUUUUUUUUUUUUUUGGAGAGGUGUUAUGAUAAAUUGAUAAUGGGGUAUUUUAUAUAACCUAUUACUGUACAUAUAUGUGAACUUUUUUUAAAUAAUAAAAAUGAUAACAUAAUUUAAAGCAAAGCAUUUAUACUUAAUUACAUGUAACGUUGUCAUAUUAUGAUGUAACUAAUG